GCACAAUACAUACUCAAACAUCUAAUAAAAUACUCUCCUAAAUUGUUGAUGAGAAAUCGCACUCUUGAUAUAACUGGAAAGAGACCAAUGAGUUUCAUCAUCAUCACCAAGACUCUAUCAUGAUAAAAGUUUUUGUAAAAUGCCUGUUGUUGAUGUGAUAAUUUCAUGAAGUCACAACCCUGCUCGCAACACCAAUCAAUGAUCCCCACCUAAAAAAACCCCUGUCCCAUCCCAUCCCAUCUCAUCCACAAACCACAAGGCUGACGAAACUCUCCAUGACCAAAAACCCGCAAUUCCAAUCAUCCCAUAUAAAAUCAAUCCAAAUCCAAAUCCAAAUCCAAAUCCCAUCCCGUCCCAUCCCAUCAACCAGCAAGCCACACUCAUAAAUCCAUUCCAACUUCCAAUCGUCAACCUCUCUUCAAACCUCUCGCCUCUCACCUCCAAUUCCCAAGCCCAAGCAAUCCCCUCACCAUGCCCGACGAAAAAUACACCCCCCUCGCAACCUCCGCGCCCAAAUCUCCUCCGCCAACCUACGAAUCCGCCGGGACGCAACACGGCGCCCUCCCCACGCGUCCCCUCUCUCAAUCCAUAUCCGCAGGCAAAGGUCCCUUACCCCGGGGUCCCUUUCCACUCGACAUUCCCCUGCUGCAGCAAUUAAAAGGAAAACGCAUCGUUCUCGCUUCUGCCAGUCCGAGACGGAAACACAUUUUAGCUUCUAUCGGUCUCACAAACCUUGAGAUUAUCCCCUCUCCCCUCCCCGAAAACCUGUCGAAAGAACACCUCGGCCCCUUCGACUACGUGCUGCAAACCGCCAUCCAAAAAGCCCUCUCGGUAUACACGCACUGUCUCGACAACUCUCUCGCCAGCAUUCCAGACCCCUCCCUCAUCAUCGCCGCCGACACAGUCAUCGUCACCAACUCCGGAGUCAUCCUCGAAAAACCGCGUUCACAAACCGAGCACAUCCGCAUGCUGCAACGACUCCGCGACGAGAAAUCACACAAAGUAUUCACCGCGAUCGCGGUCGUAGUGCCGCGCGAAGACGCGCGGUAUCCGGGAUAUAACUGCGAGAACGAGGUAGUGGAGACGAAAGUGGUGUUUGAUGCGGAUAUCGGGGAUGAGUUGAUCGAGGCGUAUGUGAGGACGCGGGAGGGCGUGGAUAAGGCGGGCGGAUAUGCGAUACAGGGGAUGGGAGCGAUGUUGGUGGAAAGGAUAGAAGGGAGCUGGGAUAAUGUGGUGGGACUACCGAUUCGGAAUGCGGUGGCGUUGAUGGAGAAGGCGGUGUUUGAUCAGGAGGAUUUGGAUCCCGAGGAAAAUCUGGAGGGGAUGGAGUAGAUGCUUGAGGGGGGGUUGGUGGAUGUGUGGGAUGGAGAUGGAAAUUGCAUGUGAAAUACGAGAUGGGAGAAGAGGAAAUCACACACAACAUGCACAUCUACUCAAACAUACGAAUCCAAAUUCGGAAACCCAACGGACAUACAUAAAUUACUAGUGUAAAUAGCGCCGCAAAAGCUUAUAGAAAGUCAUUCUCUCGUGGUACAAAUACAAGACCCAAUCCAAUCCAAUCCAAGAUCCAUCCAUCCAUCCAUCCAUCCCUUCUCAUCCUAGAUCCCCACCCCCCUCUUAAAUUCCCCA